AUGUCGACCACAGAACCUCCAAAUCCUGCAAAUCCUGCACCAGUAAAUGAAAAUGCUCCCGGAGAACAAAUUUCAGCCAAAAAACCGAUGACCAAAGCAGAGAGGCGUGAACUGCAGGAGCGACAGAGAGCUGCCAAGGCGGCAGCAGCAGCAUCUGGAGGAGGACCUAAAGCUUCUCAAUCACAAAAACCCAACACUGGUCAAAAUCAAAACCCAAAGCCAGCAUCAAAAGCAGGGCAUCAAGCCAAUGUACCGUCAUCGAGCCAUCCUUCUCAGGUUGCAUCCACUCACAAGAAAGCGAAUGUAAAGGCGGGCAAGGAUGCUGAAACGACAGGCUUUGGGAUGGGCUCCGUAGAAAGAUCGGAUAAAGCAGCCGAUCUAGAGGCUCAGCGAAGGCACAAUACGAGAAUAUUUGCCCAUUUUGCAAUACCAAAGAAGGAAGGGGGUAUCGGUGCUGGUAUAAAAGGUGAUAUACACCCAGCAAUUGUUAGGCUUGGACGGCAAUUUGCAGACAUGACCAUUGUCGGAGCUAAUGCUCGUUGCAUUGCCAUGCUGGUCGCUUUCAAGACGGUCAUACAAGACUAUGUGACACCUCCAGAUGCGGCUGCUGCCGCCUUGGCAGCUCUCU